CCCCAGCCCGUUCCCCGCCCUAGCAAGCGGCUGGAGCAGGACUCCGCAGCUCCGGGCGCGCUCCCGCCUGGGAGGAUCGGGCGGCAGGAUCUGAGAUACCCUUGGAACCUGUGUGGUGUUUGAAGAAAAUGCAGAGCAUGUGGAUGCUGAAGGAAACCAAAAACUACAGCUGAAAUAUAAGUGCCACACGGUGAAGAAGCUGAACAUGACACGGACGCUUCUGACUGAAAAGAAGGAAGGAGAAGAGAGUGUAGGUGGUGUGGAGUGGUUACAGAUUAAAGACAAAGAUUUCUCAUACAGCAGACCUAAUACGAUUUGUAGUUUUCUGCACCAAAAGGAAGAUUCUGAGGAGGCAACUCAGGCCCAGGACAAAUUGGCAGAUGAGUUGGAGGGAGAGGUCAAUGACAAAGGGAACUCUGACCUAAAUUACGAACUGAAGAUGCAAAAUAGCAUGGAAAUGGAUGACUCUAUCCCUCUCAUUGAUAGCCCUGCCUCUGAAGCAGAGAACUCUCCUAGAGGAAGUGCCCAGGACAUUACCUUAGAUGAUGCUCCUAGGUGAUGUCAAGUCUGUAGCGUCCAGAAGUGAGGAUUAAUGGAGUUAGUUAAUACUAUGAACCAAAUUUUUAAAGUCACCUCAACCUGACCUCCACUUUAUGUGAGUAAUUAAUAGUGAGUGCAAAACUGCACCCACAAAUUUGGAAGCCAUUUUAAGGUCUUGAACGUGAUGAUUAUAGUAUCUGUCUCUGUGUUAAAUAUACAUGCAUUUCAAGCUAGCAUCUUUACCUCUGAGUUGAAGACCAGGAACAAAUGACUAAAUGAGAAGGAGACACCAUAAAAAAACUCUGAUGCAUUGCACAUCCAUAAAUAUCAGUAAAAGUAAAUAUUUUCUUUGUAAGAUAUCUGUUGCAAAAUAAAGCCUUGACAUUUUCAGUUAUAAUUUCA